CUUUUCUCUGUCGCGCUACCGUGUGUCGCGGUUAUUUCGCGAAGUGACCGCAAGGUGGCGACGCAGUCGACCCAAGAUGGCCACGCUGGAUCAAUGAAACUGUAAAUGGACCAUGGGGAAGGACCAGGAGCUGCUGGAGGCAGCGAGAAGCGGAAAUGUCACCGUGGUCGAGAAGAUUUUGGGUCAACGAGCGAAGAGGAGUGGUCCACUGGCAAGUUUACGACGGGGUCCGGGGGCUAACGUGCAAGAUGCCAGUGGAUAUUCUGCUCUUCACCAUGCAGCUUUGAACGGACACAAGGAGGUGGUAAAGUUAUUGCUCCAAUAUGAGGCUUCCACUAACGUCGUCGACGCUAAAGGCUCUUCGCCGCUUCAUUUGGCAGCUUGGGCGGGCGACGCUGAAAUCGUGCGGUUAAUUCUUACCCAAGGACCCUCGGUACCUAAAGUAAAUCUUACGACGAAGGACAACGAGACGGCGUUGCACUGUGCGGCACAGUAUGGGCACACGGAAGUGGUGGCACAGCUGUUGCAAUACGGAUGCGACCCCAGCAUCCGCAACAGCCGGGGAGAAUCCGCGCUGGAUCUCGCCGCGCAAUAUGGCAGAUUGGAAACCGUGCAAUUGCUCGUUAGUACGUAUCCAGAGCUGAUCGUGCCCCUUCGGAAUUCUUCCUCAUCGGUGAUUUUUCCUCACACCCCGCUGCAUCUAGCCUCGCGAAAUGGCCAUAGAGCUGUGGUGGAAGUGUUGCUGGCAGCAGGCGUGGACGUAAACACGAGGACGUCCGCUGGGACCGCGAUGCACGAGGCGGCGCUAUGCGGCAAGAUGGAAGUCGUGCGAGCGCUCCUGGACCGAGGUGUAGACCUGGGUAUCCGGGACUCGCGACAGAACACGGUGCUCGAUCUUCUGGGACAGUUCCCACCACACGUCACUCAGGACAUCACCGCGGUGAUAAAAAGGCACAGGUCUUCCUCUGGUGUGGAAAGCGACGCAGACAGCGAGAACUUGCCACCCAUUCCGGUCCAGGGGAACGAUUCAUUGGGUAGCCCUUACGAAAACGUUCGCCCAGGGGAUGAUCUUUCUCCGGCGGAAGGGACAUCGCCCACUCAAUGGCAGUUCUAUCAUAAGCCUCGAGACGACGAUCGCCGCGUUUCCGGCACUUCCGUUAUGUCUUUGGGUUCCGACAGCGGAUUGUACCAAACGCCACCGGUACCUCGUGGAACAAUGGAGGGUAGCUUCGUGUCGGAGGAUCUGUCCUUGACAUUACCCACGGGAUACGGGGGUGGCAGGGAGUCGGAUCAAUUGAGCGUUUCCUCGUCCUCGAGCGUCGGUGGACCGAGCCCACGGGACCGGCGUUGUUUGCCCAACGAUUCCAGCGCUGCCGGGAUUUACUUGCCAAUGGCACCCUUGUCCAGUUCUCUUCACAGCCCCGCCUCCAACAGUAAAGUCUCGCCAACUCCACCGAAAAAACCACCCAGACGCAAUCUCUCCGUUUCACCGACGCACUUGCAGACCCAGAUGUCUUUAUCAGCGGACUGUUCUCUGGGCCCGAGCAACUACGAGUAUUUAUUCAUGGCGCGCAGCGGCGCCCGCAGCCAUAUCGACUUGGAGCAGUUACAAAAACGCCGUGAACAAUUGCGUCACGUGACCAGAAGCGUGGACCAAUACGUGGAAAUGAAGUCUCGCGUGCCGGAUGGCGAAGAAAGACGCGAAACUAACGUAGAACCGGUUGCCAUAACUUCCAUCUACGAGAACAGACCGAUCAAGACGUUGAACCCUCGACGAAAAUUACGUAGACACGCGUUCGAGAAUUAUGAACCGGAGAGCAGUCCUUGCGCAGACAAAUCGCCGUGCAGCGAGACCGAUUCGUUCGUCCAGGAACCGAUGUUCGUGUCGAACGCGUUUCUCACGCUCAAGUCUUCCCAGGAGAGUCUUCUGGAUGACAAGCGCGACGCUAUCGACGAACAUUCUACGCCAGAAGGUCGCGAAGCAACUGACAAGCGCCUGAAACGAGUACAAAUGAUGCUGCCCACCAGUCCAACGCACUAUGUUCAGCCACCGACGCCUGAUCAUCCGCCACCUUCUGCAAUGCAGGCUGAGAAGUCGAUCCACGAAAGGAUUCGUCCUUUGAGUCAGGUAUACAAACGACGGUCCCGCGACAUGGAAACGGAAACCGACGAGGAUUUAUUGCAGUUUCCGGCCGGCGGCUCCCUGGACGCUAGCAGCGGAUCGUUAUCGAGCGUGUCUCUGUCCGACAAGAGCAUGUCGACGGACAAUGUCGAGGAAUACUUCGGGGAUGUGCCGUUCGCAGGUUUGUUGAAAGGAUCCGUGACGGCUGAACGGCCGCGCACGCUGCGUCGCUUGCGGAACGUUUACGGGCCAUCCGCAUGCGGAAUGGGAACCGGAGGUGAUGGUGGUGGCGGAGAACGUCUCGAAGACGGAGAGGUCUCGUUCCGGUCGGAUCGUGAUCGCGAGAGGGACGAGAAAACCCUUAGCAUAAUGAGCCCGUUCGACGAGCAGGAGGAAUGGGCCAAAAUUUCAGAGAUCAUGGCUUCGUUUGGCACGGGCCUCGUCAGAGAAUCUGUAUUCGUCACAGAAUUGGAGAAGGAAUUCCAGACGAGACUAGGUCUGAGUUCAGACACCAGCAGCAGCCCUAUUGUCUCUACUUCCGUUGGUCAGUGGUUAUCAACGUUGGGCCUGGCUGAUUACGAGAACCUCUUCAUCAACUAUGGUUUUGAUGAUCUGGAUUUCAUAAAUGGAGUUUUGGACGAGACCGAUCUGAAGGACAUGGAGAUCACUAGCGAUCAAGAGCGUGCCGUGAUAAUGGACGCGGUCGAUUUGCUGAAAAAACGCGUAGACAAACGAUCCGGCGGGAACGUUCAAUCCGUGGACGAAUGGUUGAAGAGUAUUCAUCUGGAAAAUUACGCGGAAACUUUCAAGAAGAACUUGUACACGGACAUGGAACGUGUGAGAUGCGUGUGGGAGGUCGAAUUGGCGACCGUCUUAGAGAUCCAGAAGCCAGCUCAUCGUAAGAGGAUCCUCGCGUCGGUCAGCGGAUCGAGCGCGCGUGCGCAGAAUCGCAACUGUACCGGGCCCAACUUGGAGGAUCUCAAUAAGGAUCUGAACACCUUGAAGACGAACAUACAGCAGCUGAAAGAGGAGAUACGGGAGAAGCUGCCGGAAACAACGACGGAGGGUAAUGGCGGUACGUCGAUAACCGGAACGAAUUCGACCGGCACGAGCACAUUAAGGCACCGCAAAAACAGGCCGGCCCCGCAGCCACCCCAGCGACCCAGUUCGCAUAAUGGGGCGAUCUCGGCACCGGAACAACUCGAGAUCAGGGCACCGUCGGAGCUGCUGCUCGGCGUUCCGUCCACCCUGAAGACGCAGUGGAGGCACCAGCCAAAAGCUCUAGUCACCGGCUGCGUCACGUACGUCGCCAACUAUCUGGGUUCCACCGUGGUGAAGGAGUUACGUGGUACCGAAUCAACAAAGAAGUCGAUACAGAAGCUAAAGAAAACGUGUCGUGAACCAAGAGUCACCCCUGACAUUACUUUGGCGAUUUCUUUUCGUGGCGUGCGGUUCCUCAACACGGUGACCAAUGAGCCGAUUUGCGAGCACGAAAUUCGCAACAUUCACUGCGCCUGUCAGGAUGCCGACGAUCUCACGCAUUUCGCCUACAUCACCAAGGACCACGCCAGCCGUACGCAUUUCUGCCACGUUUUCUGCGUGCCAACGAUGGACCAAGCAACGGAGGUGAUCCUAACCCUAGGCCAGGCGUUCGAGGUAGCCUACCAAAUGGCCUUGCGUGACAAACUCGGUAGUCACACGGUGCGAUCUCAAUCGGCCAAUCAACUGACGACUUUCUCAAAAUCUGCAUCGAAAAUGCCAAUGUCUCCAGAUUCUGCGCUGGACACCGGCCGUGAAUCGCACAGCCAGCCUUCGGCCGCUAUCCCCAUCGUGAAUUCAAUGAACCCAAAACCAAAACCCCGUUCUAAGUCGUCCAUCCCUAACCCUAUAGUGCAGUCCACGAUGACUAAUCCGAUGCAAGACGCAAACUCGAACUCGAGUUCUUUCUCUAGCGGCACCGUGAACUAUAGUUCCAGCUCGAACUCAGCGACCAGUCCCAGCACGAACUCCGUGAGCAGUUCGAAUUCGAACACGAACACGAACCAAACUGCAAAGCCGCUAGUCACGCACGGUAGGUCCCAUUCGGUGAACGACAUCAAAGUGAACGGGAACCAGUUGAAAUUGGCGCCAGCACCGGUCGAUGACAUCGGAAUAGGCGUGAAAGACCUGAAGCCAGGCUCCAGGGCACCUAUAGCUCUGUCAGAAGAACUAUAAGGGGAAUAAGGUUCUCCGUUACUAUUUCGAUACUCAUUACUGUUCGUCCGAGAGAUUAGGUCAAAACGCUUGACGAUCUUUGACCGUUAGCUCAUGGGAAAAGCGUAGGGAUGUCGCUUUCGCAUAAGGAUGUAUGGUGGACUUUAAGGAAUUUGAGAAGCGUUUUAGAGUUUUUUGGAACAUUAGAACGAUUGUUCUUCUUAAUGAAGAACUAAAGGUUAUUAAUUGCGAAUGUGAAACGGAUCAUCGUAGAGAUUGAUCUUUGCAUCAGAAUACUAUAUGAAAUUUCGUAAGAUCAUUGGGACUAAUAUCGUAAAAUCCAAUUGGGACUUUGAUAUUCGACCGAGAGGUCGAAUUAUACUUGAAUUGUUCGAUUAACCUUCGUAGACAUUGUAUGACACACGCGAAAUAGUACUCGACUAGGCGUUCGCGGUGUCUUUUUAUCUCUCGAAUUUUUGCAGUAGCAUUCUAGACAGACGUUAUGACGAGUAUCGACAAUUUGAAUGGUUGUGUCAUUCCAAAGAGAAUGAUAGAGGGGUUUGAUGACAACUCAGGUAAGUAAGAGACGAUUGUCGAAUUAUUUUGCCAAAUUCUUGAUCGACCAUGAAACGGCGACGCUGUGAUUUUCUACAUCGAGGGCAUUAACGAACCGACAAAACACGUUUAGAAGACAACCGUGUGCUCAUCUUUUACAUAUUUUAUUCGCGUCCAUACAACGACAAAAUUGAAAAAGGGAAAAGAAGAUACAAAGCAACGAAUUGAAAAGAUUGUUUCAUUGUAUCUCGUUGGACGGAACGUGUAUAUCGUCAACAGUAUUAUUUGAUUAAAACGAAGCUCUUCGCCACAAAAUAGACGUUUUCUAGAUCUUACACUCGAUGUUUUGUCGAUAAGGAAGAGCGUGACUAACGUUACAUCGACGUCUCGCCUAAAAUAAUUUUAAACGAACUAGAAAAACCGAGAAAAAAUGUUGACAAAAGGACGUGAUUUUUUUAAAGGUUUCAUUUUAAAGAUUCCUCCUGCACAUGAAACGUUAUAUUGCAUUUAAAAAUGGCACAUUUACACACAUAUAAACAUUCCCAUGUCGAAAGGACGUACAGGUGAGUUGACAAAUUUGCGAAUGCUCAAUUUUGAUCGCGUACAAUCAAAUUAAAAAAAAAAAAAAAAGAAAAAUCGACUGAUGAGACUCAGAGGCUGAAUCGUUUUCGCUUUGAACUGUGACUGAUUGACGUCACGAUGGAUUCGUUUCUUCCAUGAAAUCGUCACCCUCGUUCGAGGUGCCACCGUUUUUUCGACGUUCUCAUCACCCAAGACUGACAGUCCUUAUUUCGUUUCGCAUUUUUCACGUUUCUCAGCAUUUACGUAUAAAGUAUGUACAAUGUACACAUGCAUGUACGCAACAACAUAAAUUGCACGUAUUAAUUAUUGUAAAACAAAAAAGAAGUAGAAAAAAAGGCGAAGAUUCACUCCGUGCGAAUUAACGUGUAUCUAUCGAGUGCUAAUUGGACGAACCUCGCGAUUAGGAAACGAAUAUUAUACCACGAAACGGUACCAAAUAUCUAUCUAUUGUAUAUUUAAAUACUCCACGGAAUUCCCUCGAAAACCCUACAUUUAAUAUAAGUCGAUUUUCAAGUUUCCAAGUUGCUACGAUUGUAAGGAACGUAUUACGAUCACAUUCGAGCGUAGCUGACCAAUUCAGCUUUGAGCACUAAAGACGACUCGAAUUGAUUCAAAGAUGUGUCAAUAGUAGAGUACUAAUAUCGAUUGAACAGCAAGUAGCAUCUCACGUAUGUGGGCUCCGUCCCUGAAACGGAGCAGGCCUAACUGACCUCGUAUGUAGUUGUGGAAUCGUAGUGAUAAAUCGUGAGCGUAUAAUUGCCCAUCACGAACCGUCUCUGGGAAGUCGGGAAAGAUAAAAGCGUGCGGUAGCUCGAGAAAAUUGUCGAGACGUCAAACAAAUGACGUCUGGUUGUGUACACAACGGGUAGAUUGAUUCGUAGCGAAAACCAAAGAUUGCAUGUUUGUAUAUAAAGCACGCACGAUAUUAAUCGAACGAGAAUAUGGCGAUAUUAAUCGCGAUAUUAAGCUAGAGAGCAAAGAGAGACGGAGCAAAGUGGAGUGAAAUCCAUUUUAGGGUGAUACGAAGAGAAUAUAUUAUACACGGUCACAGACAAGUGCAACACGAGAAAUUGCCAAAUAACACACCACCAUAAACAGGUGGCUAUACGCACACUUUGUAUUCAUCACAUUUAAAAUGAUAGUUAGCUCUAUUCAUAAUGUAUAUGUAUAUAUAUUAAUAUAUUAUACACGGUCACAGACAAGUGCAAUACGAGAAACUGCCAAAUAACACACCACCAUAAACAGGUGGCUAUACGCAUACUUUGUAUUCAUCACAUUUGAAAUGAUAGUUAGCUCUAUUCAUAAUGUAUAUGUAUAUAUAUUAACGCUUAAUCCUGCAUGUAUAUAUAUAUACACACACAUAUAUACGUACAUGAUUAAGCGUUUAAGGUAUUGCGAUAGAGGUGAACGAGGUCCGUGGACGACGUGAUACAGUAAUUUCAAUGUGGAGUAAAAUUAGGUGGAUGCUCCACCUUUCGUAAGUUCGUACAUUCGCGAACUGUAGCGCAGCUAUUGUAGAAUUGUAGAAAAUCGAAAUAGAGAGCAUGCUUCGUCGAUGUGAGUGUCGAUAAAUUCGAAGAAAUCUCGAGAAGAAGCAUUAUUGGAAAAAAAUCGAUAUGAAAUCGAUCAGAUGGGUUAUUCGUGUUGGCUUUGGUUAUUAGUGUUGUUCGAUUGUAAUAAAAUGAGCGGUAAGUCGGAUAUUAAGAUUGGAUAAUUGGUAAUUGUUUGGAUAAUAUGGUUAUGUGAAAAAAUACAUAAAUGGAACGAAAGAAGGAAAAAAUAAUAUGUACGUACUUAGACUAUUAUUGAUGGCACUAUUAUUUGAUAACGAAAUCAAUAAAUUUUGUAGCGUUGUAAAUUACGACAGAAUAGUUGACGAAAACGUAGUACUGCGUUAGAGUGCAGUAUUAAUACAGGAAAAUUUGAAUGCUACGUAGUUGAUAGUCGUAUUAUCGAUCGAUAGAGUGUUUCUCGACCAAGUUUUGACGUUUAUGAAUAAAACGUACGUACUACGCGUUUCGAACAUUUUAACGAAGUAUCUUUAUCGACAAGCGUACCAAAAUGUCCUUUCGUAGAUUUGUACUUUCGUAAAAAUUUUUCUUGCUUUCUUUUCUUUUUUUUUUUUUUUAUAAAAAUUGCGUAGAGUGAUUCGUAUAAAGUAACAUGGAAAAUUAUUUUCUACACGAUGCCAUUUAAAACAUUUUACACAGAAUUCUCUUUCUGUUCCUAUGAAUUCUUCGUAAUAUACGCUCAAACGUUCGAUAUCAUAUUUGUCAAUGAAAAGUGUUUCAAACACUUUGUUAUGCAUUUAUCAGAUCGUAGAAAUAACAACCAUUUACUGAUUCAAAAAAGCGCGAAAAAAGACCAGCCCAUUCUUAACUUUACACGAAUCACUACAUACAUCUCAAAUUUCUCGUCAAGAAUUUUCUUCAUCGCACAAUCACAUGACUCGCGACUUGAAACAACACUCAUUUCGUCCAUCAACGAACAAUACAGUUUGUAGCCGAUGCAAUCUUUCAAGUGCCAACAAUGGAGCCCCAUUUGUAUCCAAUAAAUUCAACGUCGAUGUAACUUCGGGAUUCUGAAGUUAGACCGGCCUGGUGUCAGCCGAAGAGAAAAAAUUCCGACGGACGCAUACGCGCGUUCGACAAGGUGUACAUAACAUACAUCGAACACUUGGUAGCUAUCUUGUUUUUUGCUAUACUGUAAAUUUAACCUAUCCACACGUGUUCAAAGGGGAAUCUUUCGUUCCGUUCCGCCGUGAACACGGACGCAAUAGAUAGUCGCACGAGAUAAUUUAUUUCCUUCUUGCGCAGAGGACGGACCGGCAAUCUCCUACGAAAGAGGCAUCUAUCAUAGCGUAAACUUUUAAGUAUUUAUAUAUAUAUAUA